AGCCCAGCACUAGGUAUCUUUUUUUCUUUCUCCAGUGAUUGCAAAGAAAUGCUUUUGAGGAAAAAACUUCUGUCAAACAGGAAGCAUCACAAGACAGUCACUUUUCUGUGCGCUAGUUGGUGACAAAUAACACACUUGCUCAGGACAGGGUGCCUUCCAGUGGAGAUGGAGAGUGUUUGCUAAAUUGAAUUGCCAAAAUUGACAAGUGGGGUAUAACUAAUACUGAUGGUGCUGUUACCUAAGCUGUUAGCUUGCAAUAUUAUUCCUCAAAGUAAAUUUUUAUAGAACUUAGUAUAUACAAUUCUUUAAAAUAGUAUUUUGCAUAUAAAUAGGUUACCAAGUUCCUUUAUACAUUUACUUGUAAAAGUCAAUCAGGGAGACAAUUGAACACAAAUAUUUGACAUUGGUGAUAUUUAUGGCAUUAACCGUCUUGUAUCAACUUUAGUAUUGAGUUUAUUUCCAUAUUCUGUUAGCUUUGCAGAAACUUCUGAACCACACAUAUGUAAUUUUAAAUGGUAGAAGUAUUUGUUUAAAUGACUGGAAAUACUACGAUAUGCUUCAAUUAAAAAGUUGAAGCAUUAUUCAAGAUCUGCACAAAUAGGUUUUAACAACUGGGUUAGGUUUUAGAACAUAUUGGUGAUCCUGAGAGCAUUGUAUGUUCAUAUAAAACACAUUUAAGUCUUCAUGUUAGGUUUUGUAAUGGCGUAAAAGGAAAAUGAAUUUGAGAGCUAAGGAAUGGUUUGCCCAAGUCCGGUCCUCUGGAGGCUGGUAUCUCAGAGCUGGACUUGUCUCCUCAGACAAUUUAGGAACUAAGACUUGCCGGAAACUGCUUUCAUGGAUCUGAGCUGCAGGCUGCUAGCUUGCUUGCCAUGUCCUACCUGUGGCAAUUGCAAGCCUACAAACCGAGCCCUCGAUUGUGGCGGAAGGAUCCAGGCCUCUCCCAACCGUGAAAUCUAAGGAGGGAGGGCAGGGCUGGAGGCCAAGGGCUACCCCAUCACACAGCUGGAACAGUAGGCUUGGACACCAGGCUACAGUCGUGCCGGGGAGGGACUGCUGCUUCCCUCAGUCUUGCAGCCCAAGGAGAGGCGGCUGAGGUCUUCUUUCCAAACACGAUGGAUACAGCAACCACCCUUAAUGCCUGCACACAGUCCAAGAUGUGAUGGGCAGUGGGGGAACUGAGCUUGCUCACUGCCUCUGCUUCUGCAACCUCUCCCAGUAAAUACCGCUCUGAGCCGGCUGUGCGUGUCCUCAGCCUUCAUCUCCUCAUCUGCCUGACAGUGCUUUGAAGAUGAAAUGAGAAUCAGGUGCUUGCAAAAGCCCUGAAGAGAGAGGGUGUAUGUGAAGUGUGUGAGUAGGUGAGGAGGUGUAGGUGUGUGAGUGUGUGUGAAACAGAAAAUACAGCUCUUCUUUUGACUUUUGGCUUAGCAAAACACAAAGACAUUUACAGCAGUCACGUCCUGCCUGCCAAGUGUGGGCCAACUCCAGUCGGGAUACAAGAGGACUACUUAGGAAGCGUGCAUGGGUGAGCUGCAGGGGAACUCUUGGCGGCGGUGCAGAAAGUGCUGGCUAGCACAGCAGAGGUACCACUACUGGGUCCAAAGGGAGGAGGCCGGGAGAGGUUACUAGAACCUGGAGAGAGAUCUGUGGACAAAGUUACCUCACGAAGAGCUGAGACUUCUGUCAGGGGUGAAUCCCAGGCCCCUUCACGGGGAGGAAGCCAGGGAAUGAGAACUCUGAUCUCAUUCCCCACCCAACUCCCACCCAGACUUUCUAUCUGCUGAAGAUGAAGGGAAGUCUGGAAACACAGGAGCCUGUGGAAUUCAAUCCAUUGAUACGUGUCAGCUUCCUGGGGGUGGAGAGCUUGGUGGAGAAAGGAAGAGAGUGGACCUGCGGAUGCAAACCUAUCCUUAUGCAAAACAUUCUCCUGACAGCACAUUUCUAAGAAAGUUCUACUGGCAGCCUGUCAUUGAUGUGUCAAAGCAGGAAACACAAAGUAAAAAGAAUUAUGUAUUGAUAAUCCUGACUCAACUUCUUUUCCUAAUCUCCUAGUGUGUUUCUUCACCACUUUGGCUUGGAGUACUCAACAUGAAGACAACCAGCAGUAGGAGGGACAGAUUAUGCUACCUCCUCUCGGUGGAAUACUACACAGAAAUGAAAAAGAAAACACGCAACCAUAUGAAGAAUUGUCAUUGACGUAAUGUUGAGCAAAUUAAGUCAGACACAGAAGAAUACAUUAGGAUCCUAUGAUUCCCACUGACAUCAGGAAGCCAAAUCCAUGGCAGCAUCUCCCAACAUUAGAGGCAGCCUGCAGAAGACACACCGCAAGAUUCUUAAAAUCUUGAUGAAGAGAUAUCUCCUGGGCCUUUGUUUGUGGGAGGCAAAGAAACAAGGAGAGAAAUACAGCUACACGGAGCUCCUGAGAAUUAGGACUCUGGAAGAGGGGCCACAGAAAUAAUGGAAGCAUGCAAGUUCCUUCUGGUGCCUCCCAUUGACCAAACCUAACUGGAACCCUGUCAACAACAGAGCCCAGGGUGUGCAUCCUGAAGAGGACAAAACAGGACAGAGAUAUAUGGAAACAGAGAAGGCCUGAUGUCAACGUCCAGCUCCAACACUGACCAGCAUUAUGACCUGACUGAGCAGGCUCUCUACUAUCUCUUAACAUCAGGUUUCUUUGCUGUGAAAUGGGGGUACAUGUCCUACAUCACUCCCAGGGAUUCUGUUAGGAGCUCAUGUAAUGACUCAGAUAAGACUUUUAUGGAUGAUUACUUCAAGCAAUACUGUUGUUCUAUGAUUUAAACAAAGGUCAUAUAAUUCCGGAAGCAAGAACAUAUAAGAACUCAAGAGACUGCCUGGGAUCUCUCAGGACACUGAAGAAGGCUGGGGUCCUCAAAGCCUUGAGGGCCAACCAGAUUGCAGAUCCAGGCGAAUCCAGGAACUUCGAGGUAAAAUUCAGAAGAUCUCUGAGACCCUUAUAGGAGAGGUUUCCGAAGCACUUCUGCUGCCUGGGGAAGAGGAAGAUGGCCCCCCAAAGCAUGCGGCUGCUCCUACUGCUGAGCUGUUUAGCCAGCACUGAAGUCCUGGCUGACAUCCUCAUGAGACCUAGCUGCGCUCCUGGAUGGUUUUACUACAUGUCCAAUUGCUAUGGAUACUUCCGGAAGCUGAGGAGCUGGUCUGAGGCCGAGUUCGAGUGUCAGUCCUACGGAAACGGAGCCCACCUGGCAUCUCUCCAGAGCACAGAUGAAGCCAUCACGGUAGCAAAGUACAUAACUGGCUACCAAAGAAACCAGCCUGUGUGGAUCGGCCUGCACGACCCAGAAAAGAGGCAGCAGUGGCAAUGGAUUGAUGGAGCCUUCUAUAUAUACAAAAGCUGGGCUGGCGCGUCUGAGCAUGGCAACAAGUACUGUGCGGAGAUGAGCUCCAAGAACGAUUUUUUAACCUGGGAGAGCAACCACUGCAGCGAGCGCCACCACUUCUUGUGCAAGUACCGGCCGUAGAGCGAGCCUGGAGGCCGUGCCCACGCCAGCGCAAGCCCCUGUCCUCUCCCUCUGGGCGUGCCGCCUGCGUCUGCUCAUCAUCUGGGAGUCGCAGCCACUGACACUCAUGAGGCCCUUACUGCACUCACUUCUUUAGGUUUAUGAGCGGCCAGGUCCUCAGCCCCGGCGGACGGUGGCUUCUAGCUCUAAAGGUCAGCCCGGGGAUCUGUCCCCACCGUCUUCUGCUUUCCUCCUCCUCACCUCCGGCUGUUGCGGAGGAGGGAGGGGACUGGUGAAGUAGCCGGGUGCUGGGCCGUCCGGGGUAAAGGAUUGAAGACAGGAGGAGGAGCCUCAGGAGUGAGCCCCCAGCCGCCUUCAGCGUCUGCACCCUCUGCCCUUUUUCUAGUGCCCACACCCUCCUGCUCAGACACCUGCUUAGUUUUCCUUUCACUGUCUCCUUUCGGGAAUGCUUACCAGUAGGGUCCCUAUUCGGCUGAUGUGGACCAUAGAUUCCAGAGCCAUCGCUUAAUAAACAGCUGUCUGCAGAGAAGAUUGCUCUGUUCCAGUUCGGUAGUGAUGGGAAUGAAAAAGUGAAAUAAGACUCA